AGUUGCUUUCAUCGGUAGUCAGAGAAUAGGCUUCGACAAGAGAGAAGCUCGCUGUUUACAAUUUCUCGAGCCCAUACAUAAUUGUCAUACGCAUAUAAUAUUUUGAUCUAUAUAUAUAUAUAUAUAUAUAUAUAUAUAUCGCGAAAAAAAAAGUUAUUACAAAAUUUCUCCUAUCAAUUAAUAAGUGUUAAAAAUUUUUGUACGCGUUCGCGAUUUAUUGCAAACACGAUUUUCAUUCAUCCACAUUUGUUCAUGUGGACCAUUGCCGGUACAUGUGAUCACGUAAAAUUUUUACGAAUACUACGAAAAAAGAAGAGUUAAUUUUUUUUACGUGGAUUAUCUUCUCCCCCCCCCCGCCCCUCCUCCUUGGAAAAGUCUCGUGAGUGAUAAUUUUUUUUUUUUUUUUUUUUUUUUUUUGGGUGAAGACGAAUCACAGUGCACAAAACACGAUGGUUUACGGUUUCGAUAUGGAAUCGAUGCCACAAACAGUGCCAACGGCCGAUGGUUUUUCGCCGACCUUUGAUUACACGACAUUUCAAUUUGAUUUGUCUCUAUUGCCCGAUGAUUAUGGCAUUUUGAAUAAUCAAAAUAAUUUAAAACCACCGCCACCACCACAAAUUAAACAAGAGGCAUGUUCACCACGUCCCACAUCACCGACAACAUAUCCAAGUCCACCUUAUCCAGGUCUUGGUGCAUUGUCGCCAAAUUAUUCGCAAGAUGCAUCGCCCGCUUAUCCCACAAGUCCCUAUUAUCUUCCACAAAGUCCACAAAGUGCCCAAUUUUAUCCAACGAGCCCUGAACCCACAAAACAAAAUGUCAAACGAGAGAAAAGUCUUGAUCUUCUGGCUAUUCUUCAAGAAUCAAGACUCCUAGCUGAGAGUCUUGGAUAUAAAGAAGAUUCCACAGACUGUACAGUUCCUUCAACUCCUCCCAGGACAGAAGAAGACAUUUACAACAGUCUAGACACAGAUUUUUUUCCAAAAAAGGAUUCCAAUAUUCUUCUAAAAGAAAUUCUCUUUAAAGAAGAACCUCGUUCUACGUCAUCAUCAAUUUUUAUUUCCACAUCAUCACCAGCAUCAAUUUCAUCAUCAUCAUCAUCGUCGUCGUCGUCAUCAGUUUCGAUUUCUUCGCCAUCUUCAAUUUCUUCAUCGACAGCAUCAUCUCCUGCUUAUGCCGAAUUAGAAAGAUCACCCCUUCGUGAAUUAUUGUACAAUAAAGGGAGUCCAAAGAAUCUUUCCGAUGAGACAUCGUCGGCUAUUUUAAAAGUGGAAAAAUUCCCCGAUGAUAUUCUUUUGGAUAAAGUUAUAAAUCCAUUGGCAAAAGAAGAGGAAUUAUUUAAAGAUGUGAGAAAAAGUGAUCAUCAAUUAUUACGUGAAGUAUUAAGGGACACGAGUUUUCAAAGGAAAUAUAAUCUUCGACCAGUGGAUCUUGGUAGUGUUGGCACUGGAUUUGUUGAGGAUAUGGAAACUGAUGAAUGCGUUGGUGAUCUUACACGUGAACAAAUUGAGCCUGUACUCAGUCUUGCUAUUCAACAAUUGCAAAAGGACUUUGAUAAUACAUGCGUUGCCCUCGGCAUCCAUCCUGAACCUUGCCGUUGGAGUGCGGCCGACGUUGCAGCUUGGGUGCAGUGGGCCAGAAGGCAAUUGCAGUUACCCUCUGUGCCUCUGGAAAGUUUCAAUGUUGAUGGUGCUACUCUCACUUCCCUCACUGAAGAGGAAUUUUGUCGGAGAGCUCCACAGUGCGGAAGCGUGCUACACGCUCAACUGGAAAUCUGGAAAGCAGCAGUCGAGGAAUCACCAAGAAAUACCUUGGCCGCCUCGUGGAGUCCAGCAGGAGUUGUUCAAGCGCCAGGAAGUGCAAACGGAAGUACAACUUCCUCAGCAUCAAGUACUGGUCCAGCCAGUGUCAAAGGAUCCUGUUCCUUAGAUUAUUCUGACGACGAAGACGAAGAUUCUGGAUCUACUCAAACAUCAUCAGGUGGUAAAAUGCGUAAUGGCGGCUCUCACAUUCAUCUUUGGCAAUUUUUAAAAGAACUCCUUCAGAGUCCCGGUGUUCAUGGAUCAUGUAUUCGUUGGCUCGAUCGUAAUAAAGGUGUCUUUAAAAUUGAAGAUUCAGUUCGCGUUGCAAGACUCUGGGGUAAACGAAAAAAUCGUCCAGCAAUGAAUUAUGACAAAUUAAGUCGCAGCAUUCGUCAAUACUACAAGAAAGGUAUCAUGAAGAAAACAGAACGCAGCCAGAGGUUAGUCUACCAGUUCUGUCAUCCGUAUUGUCUUUAAAAAAAAAAAAAUUAAAAAUAAAUCCAUCCCUUUUGAAUUAAAAUUGAAUUCUCAAAAUUUAA